AUGAAGGCUGUUCGUAACCUGCUGAUUUAUAUAUUUUCCACCUAUCUUCUGGUUAUGUUUGGAUUUAAUGCUGCCCAAGACUUCUGGUGUUCAACUUUGGUGAAGGGAGUCAUUUAUGGAUCGUAUUCUGUAAGUGAAAUGUUUCCCAAAAACUUUACAAAUUGCACUUGGACGCUGGAAAAUCCAGAUCCAACCAAAUAUAGCAUUUACCUGAAAUUUUCCAAAAAGGACCUUAGCUGCUCUAACUUUUCCCUCCUGGCUUAUCAGUUUGAUCAUUUUUCCCAUGAAAAAAUAAAGGAUCUCUUAAGAAAGAAUCAUUCUAUAAUGCAACUCUGCGAUUCCAAGAAUGCUUUCGUUUUUCUACAAUAUGAUAAAAAUUUUAUUCAAAUACGUCGGGUAUUUCCAACUGAUUUCCCAGGAUUACAGAAAAAAGGGGAAGACGAUCAGAAAUCUUUUUUUGAGUUUUUGGUAUUGAACAAGGUGAGCCCAAGCCAGUUUGGUUGCCAUGUAUUAUGCACUUGGUUGGAGAGCUGCUUAAAAUCAGAAAAUGGGAGAACAGAAUCAUGUGGGAUCAUGUAUACAAAAUGCACCUGCCCUCAGCAUUUGGGAGAGUGGGGGAUCGACGACCAGUCGCUGGUUUUGUUAAAUAACGUGGUGUUACCCUUGAAUGAGCAGACGGAAGGCUGCCUGACCCAGGAGCUGCAAACCACCCAAGUCUGCAAUCUUACCAGGGAGGCCAAGCGACCACCCAAAGAAGAAUUUGGAAUGAUGGGAGAUCAUACAAUUAAAAGUCAGCGACCUCGAUCUGUUCAUGAAAAAAGGGUCCCUCAGGAACAAGCUGAUGCUGCUAAAUUUAUGGCACAAACUGGUGAAUCUGGUGUGGAAGAGUGGUCCCAGUGGAGCACAUGCUCAGUUACUUGUGGUCAAGGGUCGCAGGUGCGAACCAGAACUUGUGUAUCACCUUACGGGACACACUGCAGCGGCCCAUUAAGAGAAUCAAGGGUUUGCAAUAACACUGCCCUCUGUCCAGUUGAUGGUCAGUGGCAGGAGUGGAGUUCGUGGAGCCAAUGCUCAGUGACGUGCUCCAAUGGGACCCAACAGAGAAGCCGACAGUGCACCGCGGCUGCUCAUGGGGGUUCCGAAUGCAGAGGACCCUGGGCAGAAAGCAGAGAGUGCUAUAACCCCGAGUGUACAGCCAAUGGUCAGUGGAAUCAGUGGGGUCAUUGGAGUGGUUGUUCCAAGUCCUGUGAUGGUGGCUGGGAAAGGAGAAUGAGGACGUGUCAGGGUGCAGCGAUAACAGGGCAGCAAUGCGAAGGAACAGGCGAAGAAGUGAGGAGAUGCAGCGAGCAGCGAUGCCCUGCACCUUAUGAAAUAUGCCCAGAGGAUUAUCUGAUGUCGAUGGUGUGGAAAAGAACUCCAGCAGGCGACUUGGCAUUCAAUCAGUGUCCCCUGAAUGCCACAGGCACCACUAGCAGACGCUGCUCUCUCAGUCUUCAUGGAGUGGCCUUCUGGGAACAGCCGAGCUUUGCAAGAUGCAUAUCAAAUGAGUACAGACACUUGCAGCAUUCAAUUAAAGAGCACCUUGCUAAGGGGCAGCGAAUGCUGGCAGGUGAUGGAAUGUCCCAGGUGACCAAGACACUGUUGGAUUUAACUCAGAGGAAAAAUUUCUAUGCAGGCGAUCUUCUGAUGUCCGUGGAAAUCCUGAGAAAUGUGACAGACACAUUUAAAAGAGCAAGUUACAUCCCUGCAUCUGAUGGUGUCCAGAACUUCUUUCAAAUAGUUAGCAACCUUCUAGAUGAAGAAAACAAAGAAAAAUGGGAAGAUGCACAACAGAUUUAUCCUGGCUCCAUAGAAUUAAUGCAGGUGAUUGAAGAUUUUAUUCACAUUGUUGGAAUGGGAAUGAUGGACUUUCAGAAUUCAUACCUAAUGACUGGAAAUGUAGUGGCUAGCAUUCAGAAACUUCCUGCAGCCUCUGUUCUAACAGACAUCAACUUCCCCAUGAAAGGACGGAAGGGAAUGGUUGAUUGGGCGAGAAACUCAGAAGAUAGGGUAGUCAUUCCAAAAAGCAUUUUCACUCCUGUGUCAUCAAAAGAAUUAGAUGAAUCAUCUGUAUUUGUUCUUGGAGCAGUCCUAUACAAAAACUUAGAUCUAAUUUUGCCCACUUUGAGGUCAAUGUCCAAUUCACUGGACAAUGUGACAGAAAGAGUCACCCUGGAACAUCUGACUCAGAGCAUUGGAAAUGUUCAAAUAGUUAUGAUGAAGUCACUGCCCUUCUUUGUGUCCUUAGCCGCUUGGUCAAUUUGCUUGCUUCACCUCCAAAGACAAGAGAUUAUUUUUUGUUUCAAAAGAGCUGUGAAAAGUACAAGAAAGUUCGGAAGUUUCCAGGGUACUUUGAAUCCCUAUUGUGUGUUGUGGGAUGACUCAAAAACGAACGAAUCUUUGGGAACGUGGUCCACCCAGGGAUGUAAAACUGUGCUUACCGAUGCAUCCCAUACGAAAUGCUUAUGUGAUCGUCUCUCUACCUUCGCCAUUUUGGCUCAGCAACCUAGAGAAAUAAUCAUGGAAUCCUCUGGUACACCUUCAGUUACCCUAAUAGUAGGCAGUGGACUUUCUUGCUUGGCCUUGAUCACCUUAGCAGUUGUCUAUGCAGCAUUAUGGAGGUAUGUAAUCAAUUGAUAGACUUGAAUGCUUAUAAACAGAUGUGUAAACAUAAUAAACAUUUGCAUAAUGUUGCAUAAAAUCUUGUCUGCUGUCUCUAAGGAUUUGGAGUGCCGGGGGUAUGAGGGUGACAGCUGUAACACUGAUGAGGCCAUAUUGGGUUUUGACAAAGCGGAUAGAUCAGAACUGGAUGAUGAACUUGAGGUGCUAAGCAUCUGUACAACCACCACUGCAUUUUUGCACUUUUUCUUCCUGGCUUCAUUCUGUUGGGUUUUGACUGAGGCGUGGCAAUCAUAUAUGGCUGUAACUGGAAAAAUCAGGACACGGCUUAUACGGAAACGCUUUUUGUGUCUUGGAUGGGGUUUACCAGCACUAGUAGUGGCCACAUCUGUAGGCUUCACCAGGACAAAAGGAUAUGGCACAGAUCACUAUAUUUACAGUGCACAUUCAAUCUCAAGGCCCAUUGCUUCAAUGGUUCUGGUCAACAUGGUGAUUGGCAUUUUGGUAUUUAAUAAACUUGUUUCCAGAGAUGGGAUCCUAGAUAAAAAGCUCAAACACAGAGCCGGUCAGAUGAGUGAGCCUCAUAGCGGUUUGACGCUCAAAUGUGCCAAGUGUGGAGUAGUUUCAACAACAGCUUUGUCAGCCACCACCGCCAGUAAUGCCAUGGCGUCUCUUUGGAGCUCCUGUGUUGUGCUGCCUCUCCUGGCUUUGACAUGGAUGUCUGCAGUUCUGGCCAUGACAGAUAAACGCUCCAUAUUGUUUCAAAUACUUUUUGCUGUGUUUGAUUCGUUGCAAGGCUUUGUUAUUGUCAUGGUCCACUGCAUUCUUCGAAGAGAGGUUCAGGAUGCGUUUAGAUGCCGAUUGAGAAACUGCCAGGAUCCAAUCAAUGCUGAUUCCUCAAGUUCUUUUCCUAAUGGGCAUGCUCAAAUCAUGACAGACUUUGAAAAGGAUGUAGACAUUGCUUGUCGAUCAGUUCUUCAUAAGGAUAUCGGUCCUUGCCGAGCAGCCACAAUAACAGGAACACUCUCCAGGAUUUCUCUAAAUGAUGAUGAAGAAGAAAAGGGAACGAACCCUGAAGGACUGAGCUAUUCGACAUUGCCUGGAAACGUCAUUUCCAAAGUUAUCAUCCAGCAACCCACGGGUCUGCACAUGCCUAUGAAUAUGAAUGAGCUGGGCAAUCAAUGUUUGAAAAAAGAGAACAGUGAAUUGCGGAGAACUGUGUACUUAUGCACGGAUGAUAAUUUGAGAGGGGCUGAUAUGGACAUAGUCCAUCCUCAAGAAAGAAUGAUGGAAAGUGACUAUAUUGUGAUGCCCAGAAGUUCUGUAAAUACCCAGCCAUCAAUGAAAGAGGAAAGCAAAAUGAAUAUCGGCAUGGAAACCUUGCCGCAUGAAAGGCUAUUGCACUACAAAGUAAACCCUGAAUUCAAUAUGAAUCCCCCUGUAAUGGACCAGUUCAGUAUGAACUUAGAGCAACAUCUUGCACCCCAGGAACAUAUGCAGAAUCUGCCCUUUGAGCCUCGCACAGCUGUGAAGAAUUUCAUGGCCUCUGAGUUGGAUGAUAAUGCAGGACUAUCAAGAAGUGAAACUGGAUCAACGAUAUCAAUGAGUUCUUUAGAGAGAAGAAAAUCACGAUAUUCAGACCUUGACUUUGAGAAGGUCAUGCAUACAAGGAAGAGACAUAUGGAACUGUUUCAAGAACUAAAUCAGAAAUUUCAAACUCUGGACAGAUUUCGGGAUAUACCAAAUACAAGCAGUAUGGAAAAUCCAGCACCAAACAAGAAUCCAUGGGACACUUUCAAAAACCCCAGUGACUACCAACAUUACACCACAAUCAAUGUCUUAGAUACAGAGGCAAAGGAUGCUUUGGAACUGAGGCCGGCGGAGUGGGAGAAGUGUCUGAAUUUGCCUCUGGAUGUGCAGGAGGGUGACUUUCAAACAGAAGUUUAACAAAAUCAAAAUGGACUGAGGUGGAGAAAAAAAAACCAAUUUAUUGCACUGACAUUUAAGACUUGGGAAGCCUGACAUUUCUAUCUGGACAGUGUGACUAUCUUGUCAGGACCUUCAUGUGCCAAACGUCAGUGGUGUUUUCAUAUGGUAACUUCUCACUAGUCAGGCUAGUGGAGAGACGACCAGGUGUACAGUUCUGACCAUCCUGUGUUGUAAGUACCCGUGGAAUGGAUUUGUAAGGUAAUCUUUAUAGAUAAACCUCAAGCAACGAUUCAUGUUGUAACUGCUUCAUAUGGUUUAGUUUUCAAAAAACUUCACCAUGAAGCACAAUGUAUAUAUUUAUGCAGUUUUUAAAGUUUAUAACAGUCUGUUUGGCCAUUACUACACUUUUUACUUUAUAAUAUAAAAGCAAAGUU